AAAAAGUAUUAUAACGCCGCUAAAAUGUUAUUAAAUCUAUUGUCGAAAGAAAUCAUCAUGCUCGUUGUACUGUGUUAUCCUGCGCAUUCGAAACAAUGGGAAAGCGGUUUGCGCCAGAGAUAUGACGGCUAUGGAGAAGAUUGGAUAUUCAUGCCUGAUGGUAACGGACAGCCUCAAGUAGCGGUGUUAAAGCUCCAAGACAGUGAAAUAAGAAGCGUGUUAGAAGGCUCGGAAAUAGCUUACAUAAUCUAUACUCGAUCUGGUCCAAAAGAAGGCACGCGAGUGACCCUAAAUGAUACCGCGAGUCUUGAUAGUUCUGAUUUUAGACCCACACGGAAAACAAAAUUUAUAACGCACGGAUGGAAAUCGAGUGCCUCGGCUUCCGAUUUAUUGAAUAUGAAAGAAGCUUUCUUAACUCACGGCGAUUAUAACGUUAUUCUCAUGGAUUGGGAGCCUUUGGCCGCAAGCACGUUUUAUUUGGGACCGAUGCGUAAUACCGUUCGAGUCGGAAAUGAUGCCGGCAAUUUUAUCGAUUUUUUGGUGAAAGAGACUGAUUUGAAAACAGAGAACGUUCAUUUUAUCGGUCAUUCUCUUGGAGCACACGUGGCUGGGAACGCGGGUAGUGCGACUACUUCUGGUAAGUUGAGCCGAGUUACUGGUUUGGACCCAGCGCUGCCGGGAUUUCAUAUGCUUUCCUCCGAGAAAACUCGACUGGAUCCCAGUGACGCGGCAUUCGUCGAUGUCAUACACUCCUGUGGAGGUGUGUUGGGCUUUCUUCAACCGCUGGGAAAAGUUGACUUCUAUCCAAACGCCGGUACGGCAGUUCAACCCGGAUGUUGCUGCGCUCCCGAAAUAAUGGAGGCCUGCAGUCAUGGACGGUCGUACAAAUACUUCACGGAGAGCAUCAAUUCGAAGACCGGGCUGCUGGCCGCAAAGUGUGAUAAUUGGGACUCGUACAUGGCGGGCAAAUGUGCCAAAUCGCAAGUAGUGCUCAUGGGAGAGCACGUCGAUCAGACCGCUGAGGGCCUGUUCUUCCUCAGAACGAGAUCGGACCCACCUUACGCAUACAUACCGAAAGUAACCGAUAACAAUGUGUGAAAUAAAAAUGAUAAUACGAAUACAAUACAGAGUUUUUCAGGACGUGUUUUAAAAGUAAACGUUAUCUUGCAACUCGUUUUGCUGAUGACAGGAAAAAUCACAAAUAUAAAAUAUUUGUCUUUAAUAAAUAGUAAUUGCUCUUUACACGUGACUGAGAGGGGUAUAAUAAACAUAGCAACAAAC